UUCUUGGUGUUAAUGGGUAUGAUGCUAAUGACCUCUGCCUUCCCCCAACCUCACAUUCGACCUCUGCAAAGCAACCUUCCUCGUAUUGGUCAAGAGGAUUCCAAAAGUGAACAGUGGGAGGUAAUCUAUCCCUCCAUCUCGCUUCGCAAUUGGAGCAUUCACAUGCUGACGGCCCCGGAUUUUGGUGGAGCAAAGGCUGGUGCAGAACAGCUGGUUGGGGACGACUGGCUUCCGCUAAGCCAGUCACAGAUGGAGGAAGAGCUGGUCAAGAGCUGGCCGGGCGACUGGCCUUCACAGCUGGGUCACCAACAGAAGAGAAACAUUGUGGUGGCGGAUGAUGCCGCGUUUAGAGAGAAGAGUAAGCUUUUGACAGCAAUGGAGAGACAGAAAUGGCUGAACUCCUAUAUGCAGAAACUGUUAGUAGUUCAUUCAAAAUGA